GCUGGAGGACUCUGACUACCAAGCGGCGCUGCGGCUGCAGAAGGCCGAGACCGCUGCUCCCGGCGCGGGGCGCCAGGCUUCUGAGCUCUUCUCUGGGGGCGCGCGGGAGCACGUGGACUCUAUCAAGGAGCUCGCGGCCUCGCAUCCGGAGUUGGGGCACAGGGCCAUUGGCCGCAAGGCGGAGAAGCUCGGGGUGAAGCUAUCGCGUCCGCACCAGCUGGUCAUUAUGCGCAUCGUGACGGAGCUCUCCGAGGGCCGCGCGGCGGUGGACGCGCCAGAGUGGGAGGAGUUCAACGGGGACAUGCGGGACCACGUUGACGCUAUCAGAGCACUCGUGGUGGUUCAUCCUGGCAUGGGCUACAAGGGCAUUGCCCAUGAGCUCCAGCAACAUCUCCGCGUGAAGCUAUCACAGGCCCACCUCAGUGUCAUCAGGCGCAUCGUGACGGGGAUCUCGGAGGGCCGUGCAGUAGCCGGCGCGCAGCGGGAGGGCGAGGAGCAUGGGGCCUUCGCUGUGGACGUGCGCAACCACGUGGCCACCAUCAAGGAGCUCAUGAUGCGUCACCCCACCAUGGACUAUGAGGGCAUCGCCCACGAGCUUGAGGAGAAGCUUCAGGUGGAGCUAUCUGAUGCCCAGAAGCGGGGAAUCCUUCGUGUCAUGGCCGAGAUCGGCAUCGAGCUUGCGGCUGAGGAUGUGGCAAUGCCAGAGCAGACGCACCUCGAGGACUUCACCGGGGAUGUGCGGGAGCACGUGGACGCUAUCAAGGUGCUCGUGGCCUCGCACCCCGAGUUGGGGCACAAGCUCAUUGCCCGCAAGCUGGCGGAGAAGCUCGGGGUGAAGCUAUCGCGUCCGCACCAGCUGGUCAUUAUGCGCAUCAUGACGGAGCUCUCCGAGGGCCGCGCGGCGGUGGACGUGCCAGAGUGGGAGGAGUUCAACGGGGACAUGCGGGACCACGUUGACGCUAUCAGAGCACUCGCGGUGGUUCGUCCUGGCAUGGGCUACAAGGGCAUUGCCCAUGAGCUCCAGCGGCAUCUCCGCGUGAAGCUACCGCAGGCCCACCUCAGUGUCAUCAAUCGCAUCGUGGCGGGGAUCUCGGAGGGCCGUGCAGUACCUGGCGCGCAGCGGGAGGACGAGGACUAUGGGGCCUUCGCUGUGGACGUGCGCGACCACGUGGCCACCAUCAAGGAGCUCAUGAUGCGUCACCCCACCAUGGAUUAUGAGGGCAUCGCCCACGAGCUUGAGGAGGAGCUUCAGGUGGAGCUAUCUGAUGCCCAGAAGCGGGGAAUCCUUUCUGUCAUGGCCGAGAUCGGCAUCGAGCUUGUGGCUGAGGAUGCGGCGAUGCCAGAGCAGACGGACCUCGAGGACUUCACUGGGGAUGUGCGGGAGCACGUGGACGCUAUCAAGGAGCUCGCGGCCUCGCACCCCGAGUGGGGGCACAAGCUCAUUGCCCGCAAGCUGGCGGAGAAGCUCGGGGUGAAACUAUCGCCCGCGCACCAGCUGGUGAUUAAUCGCAUCAUGAUUGAGAUUUCGGAGGGACGUCUGGCGGUGGGCGCGUCUAUGCGACAGCAGCCUGGGCGGCGGCACUUUUGCGACUUCACCGGGGGCUUGCGGCAGCACGUGGACAUUAUCAAGGUGGCCAUGGUGCAGGGACUGGUCCAGGGCCAUGCGGAGCCUGCGGCGCGGCGGCAGGCCGUGCAGGACAAGUACGUCGACUGCGCUCGCACCUACCGGUCUCGCCGCGCGGGUGCUAAAACUGACGAGGACGCCGCCCUGCAGGCUAUCAUCAAGUCCGUUCACGGCGAGGCGGUGCCGGUCUGGAUGCUGCAGGAGGCGCUCCACAGGGCAGCCACUAUCCGUUGCUGGGAGGCGGAGCGCCGCUUGGAGUUCACGGCUGUCUGCCACGGCACAUUGCCGCGCCGCUUUGCGCUUCCGUCUGGGGCACGAGGCGCCGUGGAGCUUCAGCAUUAUCGCUUCUUCAUCCGCUACGAGAACUGGGUCGCUUGCGAGCUGUGCGGCUAUCGUUGGCAGGUUCUCAUCGGUCAGCAGUCGGGUUCGAAGUAUGUCUAUGGCAACACUGUCCGCGGCGACUGCGUUCGCCAUCUUCCUCGAUGCCGAUCUUGUGACCAUCGCGGACACCUUUCGCAGUGCCCCUUGCCGUUGGAGGCGCUCCUGUGGCCGCUGCCCUCGGAGAUCGAGGCGGGCGUCAAGACCGAGCAGCUGUAUGUCGUGCCGCAGCGGAAGCACUGGUCCGUCUUUCUUCCGGCAGCGCAGCGGUUCGUUACUGCACAUGACUUCAGCACCCGUCUGGCGUCCAUGCGCGACGCCAUGCGCCACGGCCCUAUAGAUGCCAUGGACGUGAAGGAACUGUCGGUCUUGGUGCGGGAGUUUGCUGACUAUGAGCAGUACGUUCGCGAGCAUGGCGCUGAGGGGAUAGUCAGCCUCCUGGACAUCACGAAGGAAGAGGCUGCCUCUAUCACGCCCUACCUGCUCGUCGUCACCAAGCAGAAGGAGCGCGGCUCCGCGGCCAGGGGCCCCACCUACAACUGGAAGAAGACCCAGGUGUGCCGCGUCAACUACAAGCGCGAGGACCUGGAGACGUGUGGGGCCAUGACUCCCAGGGCGCGGGCUGCCUACGACUGGCUCAUGCUGCACAAUCGCACCUAUCGUCGGCACGCGAUGCAGCAGAAGCGCAUGCUGUCCUACCCGGAGGAUGAGCGGGAGAUGUUCAUCGCGACCUACCGGCUGCUCACCCAGAGCCGCGGCAUCGAGGUUGCGCUCUUCCCCGUGCUCUAUCCCUGGGAGGUCUAUUCCGACAGCGACGUGCGGGGCUGGGCCGGGGACCGCAAGCUGAUGAAGAGCUCGCAGCUCCCGUCUAUGAAGAAGGCGUUCCUGCGCAAGGUGCGUUCUCGGUGCCGCACCUCUGGCGACGCGGAGGCUGUGCCGGAUCUGGCCUUCCUACUAUACGACAUGGCCACCGCGCAGAAGAUCUCGGCGAGCCUGGCUGUCGCAGAGCACCGGGGCAUCACUCCCGAUGUCGUCGCGGACAACAGCUCUACGUCCGAGAGCUAUUGGCGCCACGAGCAGGACCUUCUGUGCGACGUCGUGCGGCAGCACACGCUUCGCUAUAGUCGGGGCUUUGCCUUUCCCAACCUGUUCAUCACCAUCGCUCCGGCUGAAUGGAAGGUUCUACUACACCAGCCUCUAUUCGCGGACUGGAAGGCCGAGAAUCGUCUGUCUGCGUGCCAGGGCAUGUUGUCCGAGCACAUCUAUGAGUUGCUGUACGAUGCCAUGAAGCAGAUUCUACGUCCCAACGAAUUCUUCAGCGAGGUCCGCGACUAUGUCAUCCGCCUCGAAUGUCAGGGACGCAAGACGCUGCACAUCCACAUCGCGGCUUGGGUGAUCCAUCGGCAGGUUCUAUCUGGCCGCACUGUUACAGGGGACAUCUCGCCGUUUUUUCGCUUCCUGGAGGAGGUCUUCCGCUGGUCCGUGGACGUGCAGCACGGCGAGGGUUCCCUGAACUACAUCAACGGCUACGUGGUCAAGGGCAAUCAAUCUAUGGAUUUUCAGCCCGAUGCCGCGCGCAGCGGCGGGGAUGACCACUCGGCGUGGCGCACAACCUACCGCACGCUGUGCAAGCUGGCCCCUGGCCUUCCCGAGGUGUUUCUGGACUUCGCGGGCGCUGCGCACAUCUAUCGGACUUUUGCCGUGGUCAACGCGUACGCUAUCAUACCGGGGAGGCGGGACCAGGGCGACAACGACACCAAGCGGCUGUAUGAGCACUAUGUCGCACGUCUGGUUGUCUCUGGGGAGCUCGACUUCCACGGCAGCUUCCUGAGCUACAUCCGCACCUAUGCGUGGAAGGACGCCAAGACUGUGACCAAGCGCAGAGGCCGCGGGCAGGAUUGCCUUGUCGCCGUCGGCGUCCGCUAUGCCUUCGAGAUGCAGGACAACUUCAUCGGGCAGUUCUGCACCAUGAUGUUCCCGCACCUGGACUCUGCGACCUUUCUGCCGCCGUCGGAGACAGAGGUCAUUGCCUUCACCGCGUACUAUUUGCGGGCGCUUCAGUACCUGCGUCACCUGGCGUGGACGACGGGCACUCCGCCGGGACGGGUGGACUCGCAUCGACGGCGGUUGGAGCAGCAGUUGCCUCGCGCGGUGGGGGAGGGCGACGUGGCCUAUGCGGCUCGCCUGCAGGAGGUUAUGGACUCGUCCCGGUGGGUGGGCUUUGCUUCGAAUGCUAAGGACAUCCCGUGGUUGUCCGCUUUGCCUGUCAAGUCCAUCACCAACGACCAUGCGUCCUACACGUCGGAGCUCUUUCACUAUUGGCCCAGCCAUGUGAUCGAGGGUGACGAGAACGCGCGCUUCCAGCGCCACCCGCUACGCUUCCCAGAUGCCACCGUUGGCGCGUGCGGCAAGCCUUUCGAGGACGCGGACUCGGCACUCAACUACCUCGCGAACGUUGUGCAGGAGGCGCUGCGCGUGGUGGACGGUCUGCUGUCCAGGGCCGACGCCAACGUUGUCCACGAGCAAUUCUACUACGUGCAGGGGGAGCCAGGCAGUGGCAAGACCGAGGUUAUAUGCGAGGCGGCUCGCAGGGCUGCUGAUGCGGGUCUGCGUGUGCUUAUUCUGGGGCCCACGGGCACCCUGGUGCAUACCUAUAAGACGAAGGUGCAGCACGAGAACAUCAACGUGGAGACCAUACACUCUGCCUGGCACAUCUACCGCAGUGCAGACACGGUGGUGGACUACGCCCCUCCCUCGCGGCCCCGCAGCUACGAUCUCUUUAUCAUCGACGAGGCCUCGCAGAUCGAGGAUGCUGUUGCCGUGCGCCUGCAUAACGGCUUCAAGGAGCUGCCGCAGCGGCCGACUGUCUUGUUCGCUGCAGAUUUCCAGCAGCUGAAUCCCCUGGGCAGCCCCGUGGCGAUGCGCACCUUCAUCACUAUCAUGACUACCAUCACCCUGCACACUAUAUAUCGGACAAACGAUGACCGUCUUCUGGGCUUCUUGCGGCAGGCGCGCGUCAAGCAGCCUCCGAAGAACGUCAUCCGGGCCUUCUUCGCUGGCCGCACCUGGGACCGCAUUACUCUGGAGCAGGCCGUCACCAAGGGCAAGGCUAUUGGCGAUGACAUGGGUGGGGCCUUUACGUGGCUGACUGUCACCAACAAGGGCGCCGAGGCGGUCAACGCAGCGUGCCUCUCGGCGAACAGCUUGAAUAAGCCCGAGCACGCUUCUCGUUACUAUGGCGACCCGAAGGUGUCGGGUUUCCCAGAUGCGGGAGUGGCGCAGGGGUUCUGA